UUUCUCUUCUCUCAUGGCUUCUUCUUUUCUGUCCUUUUUCCUUGUUGGGUUCCUUGUUUUGACUUGCGAAGUGAGUUUAGCUCAGAGCAACUCAGAUGAUGAGUUUGAAAUGGAUAUGGAAAAGGAGGAACUUUUGGGGCUUUUUGAUGUGUUUGAGGCUCUUGUUGGUGACUCAGAUUGGUCCAAACAACACCCACAACCAUGUAGUGAGACCCCAUGGCCAGGUGUUCAGUGUGAGAUUGGUCAAGAAGAGCCUUCACUUUUUCAUGUCACAAAGAUCCAUAUUGGCCCAGAUAUUCUCAACCCUCCUUGCAAAAACUCUGCUAAAAUCUCAGAUUCCUUGCUCAAGUUACCUUAUCUAAAGACCCUGUCAAUCUUCAACUGUUUUUUAGCCUCUCAAGUCACUCUUUCUCCUUCUCUUUUUGGUUCACUUUCUUCCUUGGAACAUUUAUCUCUCGAGUCCAAUCCUUCUCUCUCUGGUGAACUCCCAUCAAGCCUAGCAAAACUUGCCAAUUUAAGAGUCCUAAGCCUGUCUCAAAAUAGCCUUAUGGGAGAGAUACCAAAGGAGAUUGGUCAAAUGGUCAUGUUGGAGCAACUUGACUUGAGUUACAACAAUUUAAGUGGUGAAGUCCCUGAAGAAAUUGGAGGCAUAGAAAACUUGAUCAUUUUGGACCUAAGUUGGAACUCUCUAGAGGGUCAAGUCCCUUCUUCUUUGGGUCAACUUCAUUCCCUCCAAAAAAUUGAUUUGGGCUCAAACAAACUUAUCGGAAAUAUUCCACCAAAUCUUGGUCAUCUCAAGAGCUUGGUCUUGCUCGACUUGAGCAACAAUUUACUAAACGGUCCAAUCCAUGAAACCCUCUCAGGUUUGGAGAAUUUAGAGUACUUGAUAUUAGAUCACAACCCUUUAGACACAGGUAUACCCCAGUUUGUAGGACAGCUUAAAAAGGUCCAAACAAUGAGCCUCUCAAGCUGUGGAUUGAAAGGAAAAUUGCCCACCUUUUUUUCUUCCUUGAAACUUCUCUCCUCUCUCUCUCUAGACAACAACUGCCUCAUUGGGCCAAUUCCUCCAAGUUUGGGGACACUUCCAAGUUUGGAUCUCCUCAAUUUGAGCAACAAUCAGCUAAGUGGAGAAGUAUUACUUCCUGAAGAUUUCAUUGAAAGGCUUGGAAAGAGACUAGAUAUCAAAGGAAACAAUGGUUUAUGCACCAGAAAUGAGGCUUACCAGAGAAAUGUUUCUGUUUACUUAGAAGCUCCUGUUUGCUUGAAUAAUGCAACAAGUGACCCAAGAAGUGACAAGACUUUGGCUUUGAAGCACCCAAAUGAGUACUCAGAGAGAAUGAAGCCAUCUGAGAACAGGCUUAAGGAAAGCUCAGAUGUUUCAUGGUUGAAGCCAAAUCUUGUUUUAUUUAGGUUUGUUGUUUGUUUGUUGAGUUUCUUCUUACUGUAA